AUGAAGAAGCAACAGCAGGAAAUGGUCCAGGUCGGUUCUUCCAAUUCUCCCUUCUGGCGAACUACCUCCAACACCUCGAACACAUCGACACAAAGCAAGAAGAUCAUCGGCGCGUCAUAUUCGCACGCUGACAUACUCAACUUCAAUUCUUUGAACAUAUCUGGCUCCAAUUCGCGCCCUCGAACGCCGCCAUCAGCUGGUCAUAGCUGCGAGUCCAGCACCGCGCCGCACCGAACAAGCAGUAACAUAUCACCACGACCUACCCGGGAAACCUACAGUAGUUUUCUGCGCCAGUCUAACAAUGACUGGGGUGCCGACGACGAGGACGAUGGUGACAUCAUGUUCGAGGACGAUGAGGAUGAGUUUGGUCUUCCCAGCAUAGCAAAUGCUCGAAGAAAGGGACGACGGAAAGAACCAUCAAAGGGGAAAGAUCUGGGAGGGACCUACGCACAUACCAGGAAUGGGUUGGGCUCUGCGGGUUCGACAGCAUGGCGAAGCAUAGACAGCGGUGACAUUGCUGAAGAGCGAGGCAUCCCUAGCUACCCCACGGCGAAGAAGAUCGAAGGAAAGAUACUCCGACCGCAAUAUCAGGAAAUCUUGCGCGACCCAGCGAACUCAAUGCAUCUUAUCGAGCAUCCCUCCGUACCACCCAACGCCACCGCAAAGCAAGUCGAAGAGCAUUCUGCCCGGACAACUCGUAUAAACAAGUUCAAGAGGAUAUUACAGGCAAGCACAAUAUCUCUGUCAGAUUUGCGCGAUUCAGCGUGGUCAGGAGUGCCAUCUGAGGUGCGUGCAAUGACAUGGCAGGUUCUGUUGGGUUACCUGCCCACCAGCAGCGAACGAAGAGUAGCAACACUGGAGCGCAAAAGGAAAGAGUACUUGGAAGGCGUUCGCCAAGCUUUCGAGAAAGGUACUUCAGGCAGCACUGGCGCUGUUGCGGCUGGUAUAGCGGGUACCUCAUCGUUUCCAUCGACCAUUCGUGGGCGAGGACGAGGUCUAGACGAAGCUAUCUGGCAUCAAAUCAGCAUCGAUGUACCGCGGACAAACCCUCAUCUUGAGCUAUACAGCUACGAAGCAACACAAAGAUCACUAGAGAGGAUACUGUACGUCUGGGCUAUACGGCACCCCGCUUCCGGCUAUGUACAGGGCAUCAACGAUCUCGUCACGCCGUUCUGGCAGGUCUUCCUUGGUGCCUACAUCUCGGAUCCUGACAUUGAAUUCGGGAUGGACCCUGGACAGCUGCCCAAACAAGUUCUAGAUGCAGUCGAAGCCGACUCGUUCUGGUGUUUAACAAAGCUUCUUGACGGGAUACAAGACAAUUACAUCGCACAUCAGCCAGGAAUCCAGCGACAAGUGGCGAGCCUGCGAGAUCUUACUACACGCAUCGAUGAUGGCUUGGCGAAACAUCUGCAGAACGAAGGUGUCGAGUUCAUACAGUUCAGCUUCCGGUGGAUGAACUGUCUGCUGAUGCGCGAGAUAUCCGUCAAGAAUACAAUCCGGAUGUGGGACACGUAUCUGGCUGAAGAAGACGGUUUCUCAUCCUUCCAUCUUUACGUAUGCGCAGCUUUCCUCGUCAAAUGGUCUGACCAGCUGCGGAAGAUGGACUUCCAGGAGGUGAUGAUGUUCCUGCAAUCGCUGCCAACAAAGCAAUGGACUGAAAAGGACAUCGAACUGCUUCUGAGCGAAGCGUUCAUUUGGCAGAGUCUGUUCAAGGGAAGUGGUGCGCACUUGAAGAACACAAGCUCAAGAGGAAUUGGCAUGGGUCCUGACUUCUAGGAAACGUUGGUGAUGUUGCAAACGCCGAGAUGACCUACUUGUACAUAAUCCGCUAAUGUACUACAUAAUGAUCACAAC